AUGGACUAUCAAGAAGAGCAAACUCAAGAACUGGAAGUGCUCGAGUCUAUAUACCCGGAUGAGCUGACCAUAGUGUCCAGUCAAUUCCCAAAGAUUCAGUUCGAAAUUAAGCUGCCACUCGACCUGAUGCCGUUGGAUAGCUCGUCUUUCACAGCUGAUGCACUUACGAAGGAUCACUGGAUUGUUCUAAAUAUCAAGUUACCUGAAACAUACCCCGACACUGUUCCUGUAAUAAGAAUAUCAUGCGAGCAAGCUCGGAAGUCGGGGCCCUCGGGCGCCGCAGGCGACAGCGAUUCAGACGAGGAUAGCGAAUCAGACGAGGAAGUACAAUACGAUGACAAUGGCAACCCCCUCGACUCCAAACUAACAAAUUUGCCUGACCAAGUCGAAUUUGAGGACUACAUCAAAGUCUUGGAGUCCCAGGUCGAAUCUCAAGCAGAUGAGGAUAUGCUUGUUGGCAUGCAAAUGUGCUUUGCACUCGUCUCCUGGCUGAAGGAGUCUUGUGAGCACUAUUUCCAAGAACAACUAGCAGAACUUGAACGCGAUCACGAACGCAAGCUUGCUGCGCGUGAAAAAGAAGAACAAAAGAAGUUUCGGGGAACUAAAGUCACCAGAGAUUCCUACACGGAAUGGAGAGACAAGUUUCGCGAGGAGACCGGACGUAAUGAAAGAGAUGCGAGACGCAAGGCCGAGGCCCACGGUGGCAAACUUACGGGCAGACAAAUAUUUGAGCAAGGAUUGGACGGGAGCGAAGAUGUGGAAGAGGACUAG